AUGUACUGUAUUCUUUUUAAUGAAAAUGAAAAUUAUAAUAAAAGUAAAUAUUCAAUAAUAAAUUAUUUUAAAAAUAAUUAUAAAAUAAAGAGAGAUAAAAUUAAAAUUAAACAUUUAAUUGACGGCCUAAAAAGAAUACAUAGUAAUUAUGAUAAAAAAAUAAUAGAUGAUAUAAUAAAAAAAGUAAAGAAAGAUGAUACAAAAAAGGAGAGGAUUAAAUAUAUAAAAAUAACAGAUUUUUUUAAUAUUUUUUAUGAUGAGAAAAAAAAAUUAUUAGAAUUAUGCAUUCUACAAUACAAUGAAAUGAAAAAUUAUUCCAUAAGAAUAGAACAUUUUAAAAAGAGUUUUAAUUUUUAUGAAAAUAAAAGGUACAUAUAUGAGGAAAAAGGAAUAUUAAAAAUUAAUAUUAAAAGUAUAGAACUUAUUGAAAAAUAUAUACCAGAAGAAAUUAUUUAUUAUAGAAUUAUGUUUCGUGUUUUAGAAAAAUACGAUGAUAUAAAAUUUCUUGUAUCAGGAAAAAAAAAUAAGAAGAUUUUUUUCAAUAAAAAAAUGGAAUUUUUAAUUAAAGACAAGAUUGAAUAUAUGUAUAUAAAUAUAUCAAAGAAAAAUAUAAGGAAAAAAGAAAAAUAUAAUAUAAAAAUUAAAUUACCAUUGAUUUUUUUAUGUGAUCAAAGAAAACAUUCAAUGAAAAUAAAAGUACAUCAUUUAUUAUUAUCAGAAAUAAAUGCUACAUUCCAAUAUAUAUUCAGCAGAAAAAAAUUAUAUGAUGAUAUAUUAAAAGAAUAUGAAUGUAUAAAAAAUAAACAAAUAGAACGUAUUAUAAAUUAUGAAAAGGAAGUUUUAAAAUAUCAAUUACAUUUUAUUAGUUCUGAUAAUGAUAUAACCACAAAUUUAAAAGAUCCUAAUAUUUAUUUUUCAUACUUUUAUUUUUAUUUAAAAAAUAUAUUUGAUAAUAAGUAUUUAUGUGAUUAUAAUUUAACUAUUUUUUUAUAUAUUGGAAUAUUAUUAUCUGCAUUAUCAAGUUUUCAAAGGCCAUUAUUUAUUGAUCAUAUAAAUUUAUCAAUUUCCGCAUUCUACAAUUUGAAAAAUAUCUUGUUCAAUUUAAAAAGUAAAAAAAGGAAUAUACAUCAAAAUUUAUUAUUAAUAAAAAAAAAAAGAAAAAAAAAAAAAAAGAAUUAUACUAAUAUUUUCCAUAGCAAUAAUUUUUUUAAAAAUGAAAAACAAUAUAAGCAUAUAUUCAUUCUUCUAAUAAUAUCUUUCAUUUACGACAUUAUAUGGUUUAAUGAUUAUUUUAUGUGUAUUACAUUAGAUUUUUUGGAAAAUAUUCAAUGUAUUUGUAUGAUAUUUAAUAUAUUUUUUAUAUUAUGGAAAAUUUUGUAUUUCAUUAAUUUGUUUAAGUAUUUUGUAGAAUAUAAGAUAUUAUAUAAUUAA